UGGCUUGUCUCUUCCGGAAGUGAGCGUACGGUUUAAGCAGAGACUUGUUUAUGUUUGAAGGCUGAACUUCGUCUUAGAAUAUUCUAAGCAGGUGGAUUAGACUAACAACACAAGUGUUUUGAUCGUUCAUGGUCGAUUCCGAAUGUGAUUUGGAGAUGGGGGACUCCACUCCCACUCAUGGUGGAGGGGGAACAGGGGGAGGUAGCUCUGGCGAGUAUGACUAUCUCAUCAAGUUUCUAGCAUUAGGGGACUCCGCCGUGGGGAAGACAAGCUACCUCUACCAGUACACAGACAACAUGUUCAACUCCAAGUUCAUCUCAACCGUGGGCAUCGACUUCCGGGAAAAGAGAGUGGUUCACCGAGGGCCAAGCGUGGACGGGUCAGUUGGGCGGAGCCAGAGGAUCCACUUACAACUGUGGGAUACGGCCGGACAGGAGAGAUUUCGAAGUUUAACGACAGCGUUCUUCCGUGACGCGAUGGGCUUCCUGUUGCUGUUUGAUCUGACCAAUGAGCAGUCGUUCCUGAACAUCCGUAACUGGCUGACCCAGCUGCAGACCCACGCGUACUGCGAGAACCCGGAUGUGGUGCUGCUCGGGAACAAGUCCGACCUCGAGGACAACCGAUGUGUUGCUGAGGACCGCGCCAGGGAGAUAUCUGAAAAAUAUGGACUCCCGUACUUUGAGACCAGCGCCGCUACAGGGCAGAACGUAGCCAAGGCAGUGGAGUGCCUCUUGGACAUGGUGAUGACGAGGAUGGAGAAGUGCGUCGACAAAUCCCAACUUCCCGGUAGCCGAAGCAGAAACGGACGAGCAUACGGACAGCAAGAUGGAGAUGAUUCAGAAGGAGGCUGUGCAUGCUGACACACGAUUGGUCGAAAGUGGUUAUAUUCUCGACUGACUGGACAAGAGCAGAAGAUGUGGUCUGAGAUGCUUAUACUUGCUGACUGUCGGGGAAAAAGUCGGGAUAUAACGCUGAAAAAGUCGGGAUAUAACGUUUGUUAUAUACACUGCUGACUGUGAUGUUAAUCCUUGUUAUAUACCUUAUUGCUAUAAAUGACACAUAUGUGUGAUUUAUAAUGUUAUUGCUGCAUGUUUCAAAAUUAUAUUUUGCAAUUUUUUUUUUUUUCUGGCGAAAAUAUUGGUUGUGAAAACAAUGUUUUUAAAUAUUUAGUGUUAACAUUCUGAGUGUAAUGAAUUUUUUCUAUGGUACCAUGAAAGCAUGAUUACGUUUGUAUUGUUAAUAGUAUUGAUAUUUUAUCAUUUGUUUGAAAAUUUGUUAAUUGUGGCUGUGUGGUAUGUAUCUCUUCAAUAAUGGGGAGUUGGGUAGCCCAGUGGUUUAAGUGUUAGUUCGUCACACCGAACACCCGGUUUCAAUUCCAGGCAAGGGUACAAAAAGUGACUCCACUUUUGGUGUCCCCCACUGUGAUCUUGCUGGGCUGUUGCUAAAAGUGUGUAAAACCAUACUCGUUGACUCAUUCUUCCAUAAUGAUAAAUAUCAUGGACCUAUUCUUCCAAAACGUUUCAAACGUGAUGUCCCCACCUCCAUUUCUCCAACUCAAACUUAUCACAGAAUUUGUCUCACUUCUGAGAGUACAAUUUCAUUGGAUAUUUAUAUAUUUGUAAAUCAGCAAGCUAUUCAGUCCAGGCAAUAGUGACAUAGGUCCUGGGUAUGACAAGGAUGUAAUGGGAUAUGAACAAUAGGUGCUGUUGACUAUAUACUGGGGCGGUGGGGUAGCCUAGUGGUUAAAGCAUUCGCUCCUCACACUGAAGACUCGGGUUUGAUUCCCCACAUGGGCACAAUGUGUGAAGCCCAUUUCUGGUGUCCCUAGUCAUGAUAUUGCUGGUAUAUUUCUAAAAGUGGCGUAAAACUAAACUCACUCGCCCAAUGAAGUUGGUCAUGUGGCUCAGUUUGCGAGUGUCAUCGUACCCCAGUGGCUUAAUUUGUUGCUCAGAAUAUCAAUCACUGGAUUGGCUGGUCCUGAAUCCAUUAUUAAGACCGUUGUUACACAGCUGGAAUAUUGUGGGUUGCGUUAGCCUACAAGCAUGGUAUGCAUGCUUGAGUAAGGUUUAAAACAUUUAGGAUUGUCUUAGAACUACAAAUAUGGGUUGUGGUUGUCUUAGAACUACGACCAUCGUAAGUCAGCGUCAGUGAGAAUGGGUUGUGAUUUGUCUCAGAACUACGACCAUCGCAAGUCAGAAUCAGUGAGAAUGGGUUGUGAUCGUCUCAGAACUACGACCAUCGUAAGUCAGCGUCAGUAAGAAUGGGUUGUGAUGGUCUCAGAACUACGACCAUCAUAAGUCAGCAUCAGUGAAUAUGGAUUACGAUUGUUUCAAAACAAACUUCAACUGUCACGAGUCAGGCAUCUGUGAAAACAAGCUAGAUUGUCCUUGGACUACAACUAACAUUAGUAUUCGCAGAAUGUAUGAAUAACAAUAUUCCUGCUCGCUACUGUUUAUGUCAGAUCCUAUUUCAACCCAUUAAUCUGCAUCAGUUAAUAUGACAAUCUUAGCACAGACUGCCUAAUCAUCGAUCCUCCUUGUUCCAGGCAUGGCUUAACAAGCUUAGUGUCCUCUCUGAAGGUUAAUUAUCUCCCUUUGGAAUAGCAUUUAAGUCUCAAUUAACCUCCUGUUUCCCAAUGGGUCUGUUUUCAAAUUGCACCCAUCCCUCUCCAAAUGAGUCAUAUCUAUAGUCCCAGAAUAGCAGUGUGUGGUUUUUAGAUAUUUAGAUCAGUGUGUAGUUUAGAUGAAUUUAGUUUUUUCUUGGGUUUUUAAAUAUUAAAAAUCCAACGUUGUUAUUUGCAGUGAGGUGUUGAUAUAUUCUGUUAACAUUUUAUAACAUGCAUAAUAUUAUGUUUGACUGAAAAAAAUUGUUUAUGGAUUAUAAUUGCGAAAGAUUUGAUUCCUAUUGAGUACAGUGGAGCUAAAAACAUGCAUCGCAUGUACCUUUCAAAGUUAGGCUUCAAGAGUUGUCUCCCUUACAUCAAUAGAUCUGCUGUCUGGGUCACUGUUCAAGGUCAUAUUGGCUGUGUUGAUUAUUAUUAGUUACGUAAAUACAAAUUCCAAGCCUGCAUUUUUCAUAAUAGUAACAAUACCAUAUGAAUACUGUACAUCACAGAUGCUGUUAAUGCUUGAAUUGCUGUUUUGUGAUGACAUGUCAAACCUAACACCAUGUUUGUCACAAAUCAUCACUAACAAAACUCCACUACAUUCAGCUUAUUUUAUCCCCAAACCAGUAACUUUUCAGUAAGGGUCUCUUGAUCCUUUCCAUCAUUUUGGGGGGGCGGUGGUGAAUUUUACAUCUAUUCUCUUAUAAAUAAUACGGGGCAGUGGGGUAGUCUAGUGGUUAAAGUGUUAAGUUCGCUCAUCACACCGAAGAUCCAGGUUCGAUUCCGCACAUGGGUACAAUGUGU